AUGGGGCGCGACGGCGCCGGCUGUUGCAUUGCUGGCCGGCCGCGCUGGACGUACCGUCUGCGGCUGCGGCCCGAGCAGGGUCUGUUCGCGGAGGGUGCCGUGUUCGAGUCCAGCCGCGGGCCCGUCCACUUCGACGUCCGCAGGGUGUUAACCGGCACGCUCGAGGGUGACGAGAGUGCGGUGGUGAGGGGCGUCGCGACGGCGGACGGGCUGUUCGACGGCCACGUGUGGACGCCGGCGGACGGGGACGACGUGCUGUACAUCGAGCCCGCGUCGCGCUACCUGCAGCCGGCGGCGGCGGCGGCGGCCGAAGCGUCGCAGACGUCGACGCCGCACCACUCGGUGGCGCACCGGGGCUCGGCCGUGCGCGGCGUGCGCACGCCGCAGCCCUGCGCCUCCCACCUGCUGCACCAGCGGCGCCUGCAGGUGGGCCGCACACCGUUCAAAACAACUGGGGGCAUACGUAGGGGAGUGCGGGGAAAUACCGUGCACGAGGAGAACGACGCCGGCAGCGGGAGCGCUACACGGCACGGCCCUAGCUCCUCCACGGGGACUUCUGGACCGCACCCCCAGCCUGCCAGUGUUCCACCCCCAGCGGCGGCCUACGACGCGGGAAGCAAGGCUGGCGAACGCCUCUCUCCGUCCACCCCACAAGAGGCGAACGCCACCGCCGCCGAUUCCGCAGCCGGGUCCGGCCACCGCCCCCGCCGCCGCCGCCGGCGCUGGCUGCCCGACCUGGAGCUGGACCUGACGCCGACCGUGCCGGAGGACCGCGACUCGCGGCCCGCCCGCCGGAGGAUCGUGACGUCGGCCUCCGCGGCCGCCUCCACCGCCGUCGACCCCCGCAAGACUACCUGCAUGCUCUACCUGCAGGCCGACCACCUCUUCUUCCAGAAGUACGGCACCGAGGAGGCCUGCAUAGAGGUCAUGACGCGCCACGUCCAGAGGGUCAACGACAUCUACCGCAUCACCGAUUUUGACCAGGAUGGAAAACCAGAUAACAUUAGCUUUAUGAUCAAGAGAAUAAAGGUGCAUACUUUAGAUGCCUUAAAGGAUCCAACCUAUCGGUUCCCGUUAAAUUACGGAGUUGAGAAGUUCCUGGAGCUUUUUUCUGAGGAGGACUACGAUGCCUUCUGCCUGGCCUACAUGUUCACCUACCGAGACUUUGAGAUGGGCACCUUGGGCCUAGCAUGGACAGGUGACCUCAAGAAUGCUGGAGGAGUCUGCGAGAAAAAUGGACACUAUCGAGGAAGCAUGAAGAGUCUCAACACAGGGAUAGUGACACUGCUCAACUAUGGCAAACAUGUACCACCAGCUGUUUCGCACGUCACCCUCGCUCACGAGAUUGGACACAACUUUGGUUCUCCGCACGAUCCAGACUCGUGUACUCCCGGAGGCGAGGAUGGCAACUACAUAAUGUUCGCGAGGGCGACUUCGGGUGACAAGAAGAACAACAACAAGUUCUCACCCUGCAGCAUCAGCAGCAUCAACCCUGUGCUCAACACCAAGGCCCGCAGCCCCAAGGGCUGCUUCACAGAGCCGCAGAAGUCGCUGUGUGGCAACGGCGUGGUGGAGCCGGGCGAGCAGUGCGACUGCGGCUGGGGCGAGGACUGCCGCGACCCGUGCUGCUACCCACAGACGAGCGUACCGCGCGAGGAUGCGCCGCCCUGCAGGCUCACCCCGCGCAGCGCCUGCAGCCCCUCGCAGGGUCCAUGCUGCACGACCGACUGCCAGAUCAAGUUCGGAGACAAGUGCCGAGACGACAACGGCUGCCGGGACGCGAGCUUCUGCAGCGGUCGCAAUGCCAUGUGCCCACCAUCCCUCAACAAACCCAACAAGACUGUCUGCAAUGAGGAAUUUGUGUGCUUCAUGGGGGAAUGCACGGGCUCCAUAUGCCUCGCCUACGGACUGGAGUCGUGCCAGUGCACACCUGGGCCCAACGACAAGAAGACGAAGGCUUGUGAGUUGUGCUGCAAGCAGCCGGGUGAGAACCAGCCCUGUCUGUCGUCAUUUGAAUGGAACCAGUACCCGUACGAUGUACCUGACAUGUAUGCAAAACCGGGAACACCGUGCAACGAUUACAACGGUUACUGUGACGUCUUCCAGAAAUGUCGCGAGGUCGACCCGUCAGGACCUCUAGCGACACUUCGCAAACUGCUCCUUUCAGACGAGAGCAUUGCCUCGUUCAAGAAAUGGGUCAUGCAGUACUGGUAUGCUGUGCUCUUCAUUGGAGUUGGAGUCAUUCUCCUCAUGGUACUGACCGCGAAGCUGCUCGGGAAGCGGCCGGGCGCGAAGAAGCUGAAGCAGGUGACGAUCGUCCACAGCUCGACGACGGAGACAGUGCGGCUGCCGGCGGAGGGCGGAGACGGGGCUCUGGCCACGGUGCAGCACCCCACCGUCGUCCGGCCUAAGCUGCCGCUCAAACGGCGGGUGCGUGAGGGCGCCGCCAGUGCCACAGGGGCAGUAACAAGAAUACAUAGGAAAAAAACGACACACCACGCACUCAAGAGCAAGCGACGAAGGAAGAAAGUAGCCGCUUCAGAUGAGCAGAAAGUAGACAAGAAACUGGGAGCUGUAGAAAAAAGGGCAGACAAAAACUUGGGAGCAGAGGGGAAGAGACCACCCAUCCCAAAGAGGAAGACUGCGCCAGGGCAGGAGAAAAAGAAUGUAACGGCGAAGAAACCCACGGCAGCUGACGACGGCGGGUACGCUCCGCUCGAAAAUGUAGGGAAGGUGGAGGAGGUGACGGCGGCAGAAAUCCCCCCCAUACAGAAGACGACAGACUGCCAACGACGACAGUGUGCAGCAGUAGCGACAGAAAAAUGUCCGGGAACCGUUACGGACAAUUCGCAGGUAGGAGGAGGUGUUUCCGGCUCCGUUCCACCGGCGGCGGGAGUGACCGACAGCAGGUCGCAUCCAGUAGCCACCGAGAAGCCUUCACCGGAGAAGCGCCCGAAGCUAGAGAAACAGAUGUCCGAAGUGACUGACAGGUCUGCAGUGCUGAGCAGGGAUAAGAGGCGCUCCCUGCAAUAUGUUCCUAGGAGUAAGAAGAGCCAGACGUGUCACCAGCUGUCGGCAGAGGCCACCUCGGCUGCAGAAUGUCAGGAGGGCAAAGAUUCCAAACGACAGUCUCCGGAGCACCCGCCACCGGCGGCCGCAACACGACUGCCAGCGGGAGACGACCUACUGCCGCAGGUGGGUGCACCUGGAAAACUGCAGGCGGCAGAAAAGCAAAGUGCGAGGGAUCCCGAGAGGCAGGCUCCGGACAGAACGAGUUCGGCGGCAGUGGUGGGCGUCCCGUCCGGUCCGAGUGUCGGCGGAAAGAGACACACGCUGGGCCGACCGCUCAGCGUCGACAGCGACAGGAAGGAACUGCGGGCGUCGGCAGUGUCCGCACCCCAGAAGACGCCGGAGCUCGCGACGUUCACCAGGCGGAAUACACUCGGUAACAUCCCGACAGCCGCGGCCGAGAAAUCGUCGCUGCCUGUCGUGGAGAAGAGGCCAGCUGUGGAGAACCCUCCAGUGGUGGCCAUCAUCCCGGACAGGCAGAGAGCCGCAGGAGACAGGAAGCGACCCCCGUCACCCUCUGACAGACGGAGAGGCCAGGACACUAAGAGGGGCAGUGCGGAGAGGAAGGGCGCCCACAGGACGCGGCACAAGGCAGAGGUCAUCGACUACAGUGCCGACGCUACCCCGCCAACUGCCGCUCCUGCGGCCGCCGCCGUACCGGAGAGUGAUCCGGUGAGCAAAGUCCAGAACUGGCUGAUGUCGACGGAGCAGCCGGUACCACGGUCACGCUCCACACCUGCCGGCCUGACAGAAAAGGCAGCUGGUGUCGGCAGGUCGGGCAGUGGGGGUGACCUGAAACCUGCCGGCGGCAGGAAGGCGCAGCUGCAGUUGCUGUAUGGUGGACCUUUCAAGUUCAAGCUCAAGUUCAAAAAGCCCGCUGCCGCGUCGACAUCUGCUCCAGCGGCGAGAGCUGGAGUCGGGCGGUCGGCGGUGCCGGGUAGGCGCGGGAAGGCUGGCCGGGCGCGGCCCCCGGCCGUCUCCCCCGAACUGGCACUCGCCGCCGAGGACGUCGACUCCAACCUGCACACUGUACCGUCCGACCUCGAAGUCCUGCUUUCCGAGAGUGAGUUCCUCUUCUCCGAAGAUGGGGACGGGGCGUGACGACUGCCCGUGACACGCGCCCACCACUGUUGGACGGUGCCGGGAGUGUGCACCUCCUGUUCUAAAUAUAUGUUGCUGUACGUCUGAGAGAUGGGCCGGGAUUAUUAUCUUGUCAGCUGCUAAAGAUGUGCUUCGGACAUGUCCAGGAAGCUAAUAAAUAAUUGUGAUCGAUACCGUGUUUAGUAGUUCGGGGAAAUUUUCAGUUCUAUACAGAGUAGUGUGUGCCGAGCAGUUCACGAGGAAGUUAUGUACAUAGAUUGCUUCCCUUUAAAAUAAAAAUUGGUUUUUAUUUCUAUUUUUGGAAGGUAUUUCAUACAUUGCUAUGAGGGAUGAAAGGAUAACACUGAAUGGCUUGGAAAGUUUACCAAUUGCCAGUGUUCGAACAUGAGUCUCAUUUCUGGUCAGAUUCACUGC